GCACCAGGUGUGGCCACUAGUCUAUAUGAAGGCCCAAAAUUGUGUGUUCCUUUCUGCUCUGACAAUGGCAUGCCCAUUCGUGCGAGAUGUGGUGGAUGAAGAAGCACUUGUGCUGAGGAGAGCCUUCAGGCGAGAAAGGGUCUUCAGGGACCGGUUGGACCCACUGGCCUUCCCUGAUGACCAUCUAUAUGAAAGAUACAGGCUUUCUGCAGAUGGCAUCAGGUAUCUAUGCAGACUACUGGGUCCCAGGAUUAAGCACCGCACUGCACGGAGCCAUGCACUGAGUGUGGAGCAAAUGGUUUGUGUGGCCUUGCGCUUUUUUGCUAGUGGAGCCUUCCUGUACUCAGUGGGGGAUGCAGAACAGCUGAACAAGGCCACAAUUUGCCGCACAAUAAGGAGUGUGUGUCUGGCUAUCAAAGCAUUAGCAGAUGUCUUCAUCUCCUUCCCUGGCCACAGAAGACUCUGUGACAUCAAAGAGGAGUUCUAUAGGAUUGCAGAUGGUCUGCAAUGCUGACUGUGUGAUCAGCAAUGUUGUGGCAAAAUGGCCUGGCUCAGUCCAUGACUCCAGAAUCUUUCGGGCCUCUGAAAUCUAUCAGUGCCUAUCACAAGGUGAAUUCUCUGGUGUGUUGCUGGGAGACAGGGGGUAUGGCUGCCAGCCUUUUCUCCUGACACCUUUCACAGACCCCCAGGAAGCACAGCAGGCCUACAACCAUGCCCAUGCCAGGACCAGGGCCAGAGUUGAAAUGACCUUUGGCCUCCUGAAGGCACGCUUUCACUGCCUUCACAAAUUAAGGGUCAGCCCUGUUAGGGCAUGUGAUAUUACUGUGGCUUGUGCUGUCCUCCACAAUGUGGCCUGCCUGAGGAAGGAGAGGGCCCCCAGAGUGCCACCAGCCAUGGACUGGGACAAUCCGGCAAUCUUCCCUGAUGACGACAGUGGUCGGCUGCUGAGGGACCAAUAUGUGUUGAAUUAUUUUAGUUAGUAUGCGUGCUUUCAAUUUUGGUUAAAUAUGUCCUGCGGUGGCAGAGGAAUUUGGGUUUUUUUGGGUUCGUUUUUUGACGAAUUUGGCCUCUUAUGAUGUUUGUGCGGUAUACUGUGUGUAAUACAAGGCUGCAGGGAGGCUACUGCAUCCAUUCAUUUGUCUGUUCAGUUGAUGUGUAUGGAUUUGUCCUGCAUUUAUUUUAGUGUGCAGACAUGCAGGGUGUGUUAUAUACAGACCUUGGUCCUGCCGUACAUACCUACACGUACGCUACGGUCACAAGACGCAGGCCUCCUAAUUGUCCCUAGAAUUUCUAAGCAAACAGCUGGAGGCAGGGCUUUCUCCUAUAGAGCUCCAUUUUUAUGGAACGGUCUGCCUACCCAUGUCAGAGACGCAAACUCGGUCUCAACCUUUAAGUCUUUACUGAAGACUCAUCUCUUCAGUGGGUCAUAUGAUUGAGUGUAGUCUGGCCCAGGAGUGGGAAGGUGAACGGAAAGGCUCU